CUUUGUUUGACCCGACAGGGAGGAGAGAGGGUUGCCUGUUUGGUUUUUGUGUUUGAGUAUCGCUUGAUUUGUGGAGCCUGUCGAGGCGCCUGUCUGUCUAGUGUUAGUACUGACUGUCUGACUGACUCCCUCUCUCUCCCUCCCUGUGUCCCCGCCCCGGCCUGCCUCUUGUGCAGAUUCAGCGCCGCUGACAUCUGCACAUCCGCCUGUGUACAGCCUGUAGGUAGCCCAGCCCCCUUCUCUCUGUAUAUACAGCCAAUUAGAGGCGCGGCACCGUCAUCGGCUCUGCCGCUUUGCCUUGCCCCUCACUCUCCCUGCUACUCCCCGCCCUCUUCGGUUCGGUUCAAAGGUUGGUCGGCUGUCAGCUGUUUUGCGGAGGCGGCGACCACCUCCCUGCCUGUGUAUAGCUUUCCAAGGGCUUCAGUGAGCACCCGAUGGGGAGGGACUUUCGGCGGCGCGGUCUUGGGCGUUGGGGCGGGGUGGUACUGUCACUGCUAUUUAAAAUCGCAUUUCUCAGUGCCGUGAUGGCACAAGGACCAGGUCAGCCACACACACCCACACACCCACGUGCCCACCCACAUACGCCUGCGUGUGCGCGUCGUGUCUGUCUGUGUCCCUUUGCGUUCGUCACUUCAGAGUGUGCUCUUGAGGCUGAUUUGGACUACGCCAAGGACUCUGAUGCCGACAUCAAGGGGGCGACCAACGGCUUCCCCGACUACCUCAACUGCGCCGACUGGUGCGCGGCGACGGCCGGGUGCGAGUACUGGGUGCACGUCGACAUGGGCGACGACGGCAUGUGCUGGCUCAAGAGCCAACGGGAGCCCGUUGUGGCGACACCAGAGGAGGACGGCAGGAAACUGAUGGCAGGCAACAAGGCCUGCGGCAAUCCGGACAAUGCCCCCAUCGAAGGUACGUACGGCACGUCAAGGGGGGGUGGGGGUGGACGAAAAGACACACAGGCGCGGCUGAUGGGUGUGUUGUUGUGCGGUUGCAUUGAUUGCAGCCACGACCCCCCCUGCUGCUGACGACGCGCCAGCAGAGGAGGGUGAACCUGCAGAGGAGGCCCCGGCAGAGGAGGAGGAGGAGCCGGUGGCAGACGCAGAGGCACCUCCUGGUGGUGCUGCUGCGGACGAGGCUUCCGAGUCGACCGAUGACGCCGCCGGGUGCUUCUCGCUCAACACGGCAUCCAGCUCAGAGGCUAUCGAGCAAUGGCAUUAUGACGUGGUCGAGAAGGGUUACCAGGUACCACACACACAGGGGGAUGUCGGGCGCGAUUGUGUGACGUCUGCCCAUCUCUCUCUCUCUCUCUCUCUCCCCGUACGUUCUGUGUGCAGACGCCUUACUGGUGCCAAGUGCGGUGUAUGGGCAACCCCGACUGCAACUUCUUUGUCUACCAGUUCAAGCAGGGACACUACCACGACGAAGGUACUGUGCUUACUGCACGCGCUGUCAUGGCCAGCUAGCUAUCGAGACCUCGAUCAACAAACACGCGUUCGUUGCCUUUUCCUUUUUCUCAGCGACCCACGAUGUCAACGAAGUUGACUGUUUCCUGUUCGCUGACGAGAGCGGCACUUACACGCCCGACGAGAACCCCGACCUUGAGUUUGUCUUCGGGCCCAAAUACUGCCCCGGACAGGGUACCGUACCACUCUCACACACACCAUACACACACACACACACUACAAAUACACACAACCGGCACGACAGACGCCAUUUGUUUCUCUCUUUACUUCACCACUCUUCCUUCCUUCGUUCAGAGCGUGAGAGUUGGACGGCGGCUGUGGAGGAGUGGCCGCUGCGUAUCAAUGUGGGCGGUGCGCCGCACGAGGACGUCUACGACAAGAAGUGGCAGCAGGACAGGUACUUCACCACCGACUCCGGCUUCGCCAACAUCUACAACGAAUACAGAUUCGUAAGACAACAUAACUUAUUGCUCACACCAACACAUCCACCCACACACCCACCCAUACACACACACCACACCAAUGAGACAGACACUCUAGUGUCUGUCAUUCCCACCAUCCAUCCCCUCUCUUGUGGCUGCGCUGCGUGGGUGCGCUCAGUAUCUGUCCUUGCCCAUGGAGCCGCUGGCCCACACGGGUCGUGAGGAUUUCAUUUACUCGAUCCCCGUCGAGUCCCCCGUGGCUGUCGUGGUCAACCUCUACUUCGCAGAAGUCAUCCACAAGGAGACCGUCGGCAACCGAGUGCAGAACGUCUUCGUCGAGGGCAACCAGGUGCUCACCAACUUCGACAUAUUCGAGACAGCCGCCAUCCUCAUCGCCCCGGACGCUCCCAAGGUCUGUACCACAGACAGACAGACAGACAGGAAGGCGGACUGUCCAUCAUCUGUGCUGUGUGUAUGGGAUGGGUUCGGGGGUGUCUGUCUCUCUCAGGAGGUCAAUUUUGAUGUGACGGACACGGCGACGCAGGAGGUGGUCGGCAACUCGACGGUGGUGAGCUACAACGGCCCCAACGAGCCCUUCGGCACGAUUGUCAAGGUGGAGACCCCCAUGGUCAUCAUCGAGGACGGCACGAUCGACAUCAAUGGCGAGGCCGUCACGGGCAAGACGUGGCUCACAGCCAUCGAGAUCUACGCCACUGAAGUCGUCCUCGACAUCGCUGUCACUGCCGAGAAGGCCACUCAGACCGAGCCCUUCACCGCUAUCGCAUUUGUGCCAGGCACACCCACACAGGUGCGCCGGCCAAGAGCCAUUCAUUAUGUGUGUCGGCUGGGCUGGGCGAGAUGGGCCUGCCCUGCUUGUAUGUCUGUCAGACAUUGACAAUUGAGAACAAGGACAGCCGCGACUCGAAGCUGACGAUGUCUUUCGAUGGCGGCAACGCCGAUGAGUUCAGCGUGGAGCCGGCCGAGGUGACCCUCAAGGCUGGAGAGACAUCCACAAUCGAGGUCACAUGGACCGGGGCGUCGUCAGCCACCGGACCUGUCGUCACCUCACUCAAGCUCUCCAAACACGUACGCACACUCAGACGGCCACGUGACGUGACGUGGAUGGGGAGGGCAUACGAGACGUGAUGCCUGCAUGUAAUGUGUGUGUGCAGCUUCGCGUGUUGAUAUCGGGAGACAUAGACGAGAAGGAGCCCAAUCUGGGGGUGCAGGGCGACAUGCAGAUGGGUCUCAUCACCCCGCUGAGCUUCGGCGGCAGCGGCAAGGGCAUCCAGGCCCCCCUCACCUCCAACAAGACCGCGACCAUCACACGCGUCGUGUCCUUCGGGUCAGAGGAGGCCAUCACCGUCUCCGUGCCGGGCGAGUUCACCGUGGCCGGCUCAGACGACGUGGCCCUCACCAAGCCGCUGGAGAUCGGCUCCAAGGGCACCCCGAUGCGCAUCAGCUUCGCGGCCCAGGACGCCGGUGACUUCGAGCUGAUAGUAGCCUUCAUCGGCUCCGACUUCCAGACUCGGUUCAUGACGGUGACUGGCCGUAGUGUCAAGAAGGGCGAGCCGCACUACCUGCACCCGGUGCUGGACUUGCCGCCGGGCGGCUACGUGGUGGACUAUGACGGCGAUGGCAAGGAGAAGAUCCUCCUCAUGGGCCACUUCUCCCACACACACGAACCCAAAAUGGUCAGGCAGCCGGCAAACACAAAGGGAUAGGUGCCUACAUGCCCUUGUCGGCUGUGUGUGUGUGUGUGUGUGCAUACAGAAUGUGGAGAAGUGGACGUUCAACGUCAACGGCCAGGUGGUGUCGAGCAGCGACGAGAAGGACAUCACAGAAGAGUACGACCUCGGCGUCUACACCGUCCAGCUCGACAUCACUGACAUGGAGGGCAAGUCGCUCGCAGACACGGGAAGGUACGGUACGCACGGACAUUUCACAGCCCUUCUCCUCUCCAGCUGUCCCACCCCAGACGCUCACGACGGUCUUUGUUGUGUCUGCAGUGUUGCGGUGGUUGCCAUCGACAAGGUGCCAGGGUGUGCGGCCUUCAUCUACAAGCCGUCGGUGUCUCAGCUCAACGAGUUCUUCAAGGCCCCUCUGGACGGCAUCAACUUGAAGGGCAGCUCGGGCACCCUCGAGCCCCGCUGGAUCGGCAGCAGUCUCGAGAACGGCUGCGAGUUCAAGCCCGACAUCCGCAGCAACCAGAUCAUGGGAUCUCCCUUCAAGCAGGACCUCAUCCUGCGAGCCAAGGGUGUGCUGGAGGUCAACGACGACAUGAAGAAUGGCAAGGGGGAGGUGAUGCUGGCCGUCACCGCGGAGGCGGCGGUCAAGACGAUGCUGUGGCUCAACGGCAAGUCGGUGUCGCUCAGCAAGGGCAAGGCCAAGGCCAAACUCGCCAACGGACCGCAGGAGUUCGAGAUCAGCUGGCUCAUCAGAGACCCCGCCUCAAAACCCCUCUCUGUAAGCACACACCCACCCACCCACCGCACAUGCCCCUGGGGCAUGCCGGUCUAUUGCGUCGUGUCCUGUCUCCAUCCACAGCUGCACACCAAGGGUGAGGCAACGGGCAUGGACGAGGUGUCUCACAACCAGAAGGAUUACCCCCCCUUCAUCAAUCGCAUCACGCCCGCCAAGGGCCACGUGUCGGGCGGACAGAAGAUCACCGUCGAGGGCGCCGGCUUCAUGAACCCCGAUGCGGCCAAGGGGGGCGUCUCGCUGCACUUCGGCGAGGCCGCCGUCGACUACCUCACCGACGAGCGCAUCAGUGCCGUAUCCGGGACCCAGAUCGUCUACGAGAUCCCACCAAAUGUCGGUGGAGUGGGGACGACACAUACGCAAUCAGACGAGCACAUGCGUCUGUUGUGUUGUGUGUCGUGUGUGGCUUUCUCCGGCAGGAGGAGACGGAGAUCAGCGUGUCGGUGGAGACGCCUGUGGGCACGUCCAACGGCAAGCCGUUCGAGUACUCGAGCCGCGUGCCGCCGGCCAUCAAGUGGACCAACGACACGACCCUCCUCUCGUUCGACAACGAGGACCCACUGAAGGACAACUUCAUUGAGGAGUGGAUCGGCUCCCUGACCCAGGGCGAGUUCGGCCCUGACCUCCGGCUGUACAUGAGCGACAUCGGCGGCGGCAUCCGGUCGCUCAAGUUCACCAGCAACAGCGAGGUUGAGGAGGGCAGCAUGAUCGAGAUCAACACCAUCAUGGACAAGUACCCAGGACACGCCAUCACGGGCUUCGGAUUCGACCCCUUUGAGGACCCCGAGAACCCUGCCAUCUACGUCGCACACGCGCCCAUGUUCUACUGGGUACACAACACACGGACGGCACCUGGCCUGGCCAGCCACACACAGAUAGGUGCACACACUUGACUGACGUCACAUCCUUCUUUGCCUGCCUGGCUGCAGCAAAAUGGCGACUGUUUCUCUCCGGAGAGUGACUACGCCGAGUUCAUUGGCGUGUUGAGCAAGCUGACGGGCCCGCCCGACUUCAAGAACCACGAGGUGGUGGUGGACGGGCUGCCGAUGUCCAACCACGACCACGGCAUCAACGGCGUCUCGUUCGACAACAGCGGCAACCUCUUCUUCCCCAUCGGAGCCAUGACCAACAUGGUACGCACGUCACCUCACUCACGUCACCUCUGUGCAGACAGACGUAUGCUGACUCGUGGAUGGUACGGUUUGUGUGUGCACACCACCUGUCAUGUAUAUCAUCAGGGCUGGCCCGUGUGCAUUUUGGGUGGCUUGCCCGAGAGCCACUACAGUUCGGCGGUGGUCAAGGUGGAGCUGAGGAACCCCAAGCGCACCAAGACCCUCGAGUGGGUCGACUACUUCACGCGGGAACUCAUCGAGGAGCCCAACCAGGUCAGCUCACAUCACUACACAACACAACACGCACACACGGGCCCUCAAUCAAGAGGCUGACAUGACCUCCCCCGUCUCUCUCUCCCUCUCUCCCUCUCUCCGUGACUGUGUGAUUGCGUAUGCAGGUUGUGGCUGACAACUACGACGUGGCCCCCUGGGUGACGGGCAUAUACCCCUACUCGUUCGGCUUCCGCAAUGCCUACGAUACCGUCUACACGACGGGCGGCCAGCUGUGGGUCUCCCAAAACGGCUGGAACGAGGGCUACGGCCUCGCCAUCAACGGACCGCCCCCCUCGGGGUGCGAGUACGACGGAUGGGACAAAUCUUCAUACGCCUCUGCCGAAAGAGGUACGUACCUGGGUAACGUGUGCCUGUGAUGUGUGAUGGAUGUGAUGGAUGUGUGUAGGAAUGAAUCCGUUUUGGAAGGGCGAGGAGAAGUGUCUGCCGGUGCUGGCUGACGACUGGACUGACCCCGAUCGCAUCUUCGAGACGUUCUUCAACGCCUACCACGGCCUCCCCAACGCCGCACGUGCGAGGAACAUGGGUGACGACCGGCAGUGGUACGUCAAGGACGCCAACGCCCCGCACGACCCUCCCAAGUUCUACCAGGGAUACUCAUGGGAAUCUUCCACCAACGGAAUCGCCGAGUUCAGAGGUGAGGUGCGGUGGCCCGCCUGUGCCGUGCCUGUGCCUGUGUUGUGUCUCCAUCCAUCCAUCCAUGCAUCCAUGCAUCUGAUUGUCACUUUGUCUGUCUGUCCAGGCAACUGCUUUGCGGGAGCGAUGCGCGGUGACCUGUUGGGUGCCAAGUGGAACGGGUGGAUAUACCGGGUGGACAUCCCCUACCUGCCCGAGGAGGAGGGCGAGGACGUCUACAUCUCUCACCUCGAGGGCGGCGAGGUCGCCGGGCUCGAGGUCGUCUACGGCCCGGGGUGCAGUAUCCUCACCCUCGACUACACCUACAACCACCUCAAGCACAUCAUGGCCGACGACGAGGACGCCAAGUCGAACGCCGGACCUACCGCUUAUGGUAGGGACUCCCGCACACACACACCCAGACACAGCAGAGAGCGCCCCACACUUGAGUCGAGUCGGUUUGUUUUCUCCCUUUGGUGACACCUUCCUUACCCGCAGAUAUCACGCCGUGGCGCGGCAACUACAUCUACGAGCAGAAGGUCAUUAUCGGUGGCUACAACUUUAACGGUGAGGGCAAGACCAAACCCGAUAACCCCCGCAAGGCCACCAAGUUCGUCAUCCAGGGCGUCGACUGCACUAUCGUCUCUCAAACCGUAUGCACACGCGCACCGCACUCGAUUCGGCCUGGCCGCGGAGCCGUCUGUGUGUGUUGGUUGAUGUGUUGAUGCAGGACACGCGCAUUGAGGGUGUGAUUCCGGCCGUCGAGCAGCCCGCCCACGUGGAGGAGCUGGUGGACGUCAUUGUGCACUUCGAUGACGGCACCAAGACCGUGCUGCCCGACUCGUGGCUGUGGGCCAACCCCGGUCCGGCCCUCGAGCCCAAGCCGGCCCGUCCGGCCUGGCAAGAGAUCGGCGAGGAGUGCUUCGACAUGGACACCGACUACGCCAGGGACGCCGGUGCCGACAUCGAUGCGAUCGAGGGCGUCAAGAACUCGCUGGCCUGCCAUCUGGAGUGCGCCAAGAACGCCGAUUGCCAGUACUUCACGUUCAACAAGGCCGACAAGAACUGCUACCUCAAGGGCGCCAAGGAGCCCGUCGUCACCGAGGACACCGCCGGACUCAUCUCAGGACCAAAGUUCUGCAGCGGUCAGUCAGUGUCAUAGUGAUGGAGCCAACCACUUCGGCGGAUAAAGAGACGUGCCUCUGUGUGUUGUGUGUGUGUGGGUGCUCUGUUGUGUGCAGGCAUCGCGUCCGUGUGUUACGCCGAUGGGUUUGAGAUCAUGCCCGGCGAGGGCGGUACGCUCAAGGUCAAUGACACGGUGGCCCUGCCGGAGGGAACCGACCACACAGCCUGCCCGGCGCUGUGUGUGGAGCCCCAGUGCACGCACUUCGUCUACACCGAGGCCACCUGCCAGGUCAUCGGCUCGGACGAGAACAAGACGGCCGCCUUCAUCACUCCCGCAGAGAGCGCAGAGAGCUGCGCAGAGGGCGAGACGUUCGUGCCACCCACCUGCACGCUCAUGAAGAUCUCCGGACCCAAGGCAGAACCCAAAAUCAACGUCCGUCAGCCCAGCCCAGCAAACCACGGCGGACACACGUCAUCCAUUCACAUCGCUGGCUGCGUGUGUGAAUGUGUGUUUAGAAUGGUUGGUACAAGACGGUGUCUGGCCCUGCUGACUGCCCGGGCCGCUCCGCCCUCAACGAGACGGAGGCUGCCGACGAGGCCGAGACCAAGUGCCCCGACGACUUCAAGCCCAUCGGCGGCAAGUGCUACCAGAUCGUCUUCGACCGCAAGACAUUCGACGAGGCCGCCGCCAUCUGCAAACUCAUGGGAGACGACGUCGUCCUUGCCCAGCCCAAGACUGAGGAGGACAGCGCCGCCCUCGCCACACUGUGGUGCGACGGGUCGGAGGCUCGCGACUGCACCGUCCCCGUCGGCGGCACCAACGACGUGCAGUACUUCAUCGGCGUGCAGAAGAGCGGCGACGCCUGGCAGUGGCUGGACGGGGCCGCGGCCUCUUACACGGACUUCGACGACUCCCUUACCGCUGCUGGCGGCUCCUGUGGAAUUUUCCAUGUACGCACGGCACGGCACGGCACGCACCAAAGGCAACAAAUCAAUCUCGCUCACCCAUCCCUGACUCCAUCCAUCCAUCCAUCCCCUGCCUCUGGGUGUCUCUUCUGUCGUGGUGUGGUGUGUUGUGUGUCAGUCGAUGGCCACGGACGGCACCCCUCUGGGCAAGUGGGGCAGCAUUGACUGCGCGGAGCCGCGGUUCUUCGUGUGUGAGCUCGACCUCGACCCACCAGCCGCCCCCAAGAAGGACACCAGCGAGGGAGAUGAGAGUGGCGAGGAGACCGACACAGACACGGCGGAGACCAAAGCUGAGGAGGAGGAGUCGGGAGAGGAGAGCGACGUGGUGUCCGUCAAGAAGAGCAAGGACGCCCCUGCCGCACAAGGGCCCAAGAUUGGGGCAGAGGACAAGAAGGCCUCACCGGCCGUCGGCGACAAGACCGAGCCAGCGGACAACGACAUGGACGGCAGCAAAGGCAAGAGUGACAGCGACAGCGACAGCGACGAUAGCAGCGACAAGCAGGAGAAGAGCACCAAGGUGGUCGACCACCAGAGCAAUGAGGAGAAGGAUGGCGUUGAGGGCAGCGACGCUGAGGACAGCGGCUCCGUGGCAGACGAGGAGGACGCGUCGGCGGCCAAGGGCAAGGUGCUGGCUUUGCGCAUCAAGAGCAUCGACCUCAAGGACAUCAAGGGCACGGCAGCGACCGAGUCGUUCAAGAAGUCGGUGCAGACGGCCAUCGCCAGCGACUUCCACCUCGGCGACCCGUCGGCCGUCCAAAUCCGGUCACUCAUCAAGCCACAUGUCAUCGUCCUCUUCUCGUAAGCACACCCACAAGACCCAAGACACACACACCUGCUCUCAUGUCUCUCUCUCUCCGUCUGAUCUGAUUUGCUCAGGGUGCCUGUUGGGGAGUCUUACGCCUACAAGACGCUCGCGGCAGCUGCCACUCAGCUGGACAAGGCCAAGGCGGACCCCAAGAGCGUCAUCAACAGGUCCUUCAAGAUCGACCACGACUACCCAUCCGUCAAGGACACAACAGCCACCAUCAAGACCACACCCAAACGGCCAUCAGCCGACACAGCAGACGCACCAACCAGCAGCAAAAAGGACUCCGGCAGCAACAGCAACGACGCGCCCGUCAAGACAAUCAAGGAGGGAAGCCUCGGUGCGUCGAUCGACGGCGAGGACUUGCCGGGCAGCGCCGAGACCAAGGGCCUCCCGGGGUGGUGGUACAUCGUCCUCGGUGCCUGCAUCCUGCUGGCCAUUCUGGCUGUGGCUGCUGUGGUGCUUCGUCUGUGGUGCUUCAACAACAAGUCGCAGGAGCUGCACGACGACCACAGCGACGGCAAGCGCAUCAACAUCGAGGACGGCCGGAUGACCGAGACGCCCCAAAGCGACAUGGUGGAGAGCAGCGACGACGGCCACGGCGGCCAUGGCAAUGCGGCCCACCAGCACCAGAUGGUGAGCAUGCGUCAGAGGAGCAGGACGCCGGAGGGCCAGCAGCAGAUGGAUGUGAGGAGCACCAACAGGCAGAUGCACAUAAUGCGGCAGCACGAGCCGGUGCACGGCCAGGCGGCGCAGCAAAUCCCUAGUCCCACAAUCCUCAAAUCGGUAUGUAUUAUGACAGACAGACAGACAGACAACCAGCCAGCCAGCAACCAGCAACCGAACUGAGUACGUGGAUGUCUGGGUGCUCUGUCUCUGUCUGUGUCUGUGUCAGAUUGUGGUGAAUCAGGCGACGUCGCCGCCCGGGGCCUCCCAUCUAGAAUACUAGAUGGGCAGACAGACAGCUGACAGACAGGGAGGGAGGGAUGGUUGGAUGUGUGUAUAGGCAGAGAUAGAUAGAUGGAUAGAUGGUAUGGGCGGCAGGUCUUGUGCCCCUCAGACAGACAGACAGACAGAUGGGUUUUGACGUGCCCAUGCGGCCAUGUGAGCCGUGUGUGUUGAUGUGAUGUUGAUGUGUGUGGUGUGAGUGUAAUGGCGAGUGUGCGCGACGCGAGGCCUGUCCAAUUUUAUAGUGUUCCCCUCCCCUCAUCCGUUUUACACUCCGCUGUCUCUGUUGUGUUGGUGUGUGCAAUUAUGCAGUGUGCAGUGCAGUCUCACACACACACACAGACGAUAUAAUACCAUGUAGGUAUGUGUGCGUGUGGGCUGGUUCUCUCUCGUGGCUCGUGUUCUUUUCACCUGUGUGUCUCCCUCUGUCUGUCUGUCUGUCUGUCUGGUCUGGUGUGGUGUGGUGUGGGGAUCUUUUUGUCUCUUCUCUGUCUCUGUCUGUCUGCG